AUGACCACGUCGCGAGACCACGACCUCUUCGGCGGAUCUCCGGGCGCCGGCCUGAACGAGGGCGCGCAGAACGACGUGUACUACGGCCGGCUGCCCCCCAACAUCACCGACCAGGACAACCUGUGUCCGAUGCAGGAGGCGGCGCCGUGCCGCGAGUGUCCGACGCUGGUCUACCCGGGCGGCCGCGGCUUCCCCGUCGCCUACGGCAGCCAGGUGCGCAACGUGACCAGGAUCGAGGGACUCAAGGCCAAGGGGCUCGGCAACAGGACCAUGGCAUGUGAGCUAUCGGCCGUCGGCAAGCCCGUCUUCAACCGGGAUUCACGCGAGCGGUACGGCUCCUGGAUGCGCGACGCCUCCCCACCCAGCCUGCUCGACGCCGACAAGUACUGGUACACGCAUGAGCGCCAGCCGCGUCUCCUCUUCGAAUACUCCGACAAGGACAAGUUCGACCGCAAGAUCAUCACGCGCAACAUCACGCUGCCGGAGCGGCACCAGGGCAACUCGCACGUGGUGUACAACGGCUCGUUCUACUACCACGUGCGCGGCCGUCCGGAGAUAGUGCGGUUCAGCCUGCGCCAGGGCCAGAUCACCCACCGGCUGGAGCUGCCGCUGCUGGCCGCCAACCGCAGCGUCUUCCUCUACAACUCCAGCUACACCUACGCCGACUUCGCCGUCGACGAGAACGGCCUUUGGGUUAUCUACGCGCUGCCCGGGAACAACGUGGGAGUGGUGAAGCUGCAGUCGGACAACCUGGACGUGCUGCACACCUGGAACAUCUCCUUCCAGGGCGACAGUCACGCCAAGGACGGCGACAUGAUCAUGGUGUGCGGCGUUCUGUACGGCAUCAAAAGCCUUACCGAGAGUAACACCAAGUUCAGCCUGGCGCUCGACCUGUACACCAUACAGUCGCUGCCAUACGGCGACCUGACCUUCACCAACCCGUUCCGCCAGACCACCAUGGUCGGCUACAACCCGCGUCACAAGGAGAUCUACUCGUGGGACAAAGGUAACCAGCUGACCUAUCCGGUGAAGUACAACGCCCUGGACGACGGCUCCUCCACCGAUGAGCCAAGCCUAGAGGCGCUGAUGAACGCCCCGGACUACGUCAUCACAGAGUCCGACGAAAACGUCUGAUGACGUCAAUGGGCUUGAUCACACGCGACGAGCGAGGGGUGAUGAUGUCAUUGCAGGGUUGGACGUCAGAUGAUCAGCUAUGUCGUGAAAUGUGAUGAACACCGUUCACUACUAAGCUUCUCAGGCGAAGAACGGCACGGUGUAGUUGCAUCUGACAUGUAAAUAACGCACACCCUGACGCCACCACCGAUGUGGACGCCCGGUGACGUCACUGAUCCGCGCGCCCCACGACGGGCCGAGCGCCGCCUGCGGCUGUGGCGUCCCUGUGACGUCACUUGACCGGAGUCAGCUGCUGA